UUUGUCAGUCGAAGAUGGCGACGUCUUUAGGAGCGAAUACGUACAACCGGCAGAACUGGGAAGAUGCGGAUUUUCCCAUUCUCUGUCAGACAUGUCUGGGUGAAAAUCCUUACAUUCGUAUGACUAAAGAGAAAUAUGGGAAGGAAUGUAAGAUCUGUGCACGACCCUUCACGGUAUUUCGAUGGUGCCCUGGGGUGAGGAUGCGUUUUAAGAAGACAGAGGUGUGCCAGACAUGCAGCAAGAUGAAGAACGUUUGUCAGACGUGUCUGCUGGACUUGGAGUACGGCCUCCCAAUCCAGGUGCGUGACACGGGGCUGGCAAUCAAGGACGAUAUGCCGAAGUCAGAUGUGAAUAAGGAGUACUACACCCAGAACAUGGAGAGAGAGAUUCAAAACUCGGAUGGAACCCGGCCAGUGGGUCUCCUUGGCAAAGCCCCUUCCACCAGUGACAUGCUGCUGAAAUUGGCCCGCACCACACCCUACUAUAAGAGGAAUCGGCCUCACAUUUGCUCCUUCUGGGUGAAGGGUGAGUGCAAGAGGGGUGAGGAGUGUCCUUACAGACACGAGAAGCCUACUGAUCCAGAUGAUCCUUUGGCUGACCAGAACAUCAAAGACAGGUACUAUGGUAUUAACGAUCCGGUGGCAGACAAGUUGCUGAAGAGGGCGUCCACCAUGCCCCGGCUGGACCCUCCUGAGGACAAAAGCAUCACAACGCUGUAUGUUGGUGGGCUGGGAGAUUCAAUCACAGAUGUAGAACUCAGAAACCAUUUCUACCAGUUUGGGGAGAUCCGUACCACCACGAUUGUGCAGAGGCAGCAGUGUGCCUUUAUCCAGUUUGCCACAAGGCAGGCUGCUGAGCUGGCUGCAGAGAAAUCUUUCAACAAGCUCAUCAUCAAUGGACGCCGGCUAACUGUCAAGUGGGGCAGGUCCCAGGCAGCUCGAGGCAAGGAGAAAGACAAGGAUGGGGUGAGCGAAUCGGGGAUGAAGCUGGAACCUGUCCCUGGCCUUCCUGGAGCUCUUCCACCACCACCAGUGUCAGAAGAAGAGUCUCCAGCAAACUACUUUAACCUUGGGCCCAGCUCGUCACCCCCCGUUAUGAAUGUGGGCCUUCCACCACCUCCAGGCAUCACAAAUCCGCCACCUCCUGGCUUCGGACCUUCAGUGUACCAUUCUGUGGGUUCCAUGGGUCCCCCACCUCCCCCACCCAUGUCUAUGAGGCCUCCGGGACAGAUCCACUACCCUUCCCAGGAUCCUCAGCGCAUGGGUGCUCACGCAAGCCGCCAUGGUGGCUCAUAGUUAUGGGGUUGCAUUGGUGUCCUGUAAUUGUGUGGUCUCUGGAUUUGAACUUGGUAGUAAAAUGGCUGCCUAAGUAUUUUCUUAGUUCUAACCCUUUUACUGGAUUGAAAAUAUUUUAUAAAUAAUAAAUGGAAACAUUCCCAUAAAUUUAAAUAAUUACUUCACUUUCAGGUUACUGAAAGGGCAUGAAAGUCAAACACGUUUACAUUUGUUAUAGAUCCAGAAAAGGGAUGAAACUUUUGAGAGGUUACACAUGCUCUCUGCGCUUGAUAGAGCUGUAAAAGUGGUUUUGGUUAUCUCCAAGCCUUUUUAUUCUGUCUUGUACUACUUUGUGUCAUUUUGUUUUAAAGAACUAAUUG